CACAGUCGAAGUACGAAACACCGUGCCGGUCAUAGGCUACUUUGACAGAAAGUGUCAAAACUAAGAACUCGUUUGAUAGUACUGAAUCGUCGCGGAAACCUUACAAACCGUGUCGAAUAAUGGACGAUCUUAUAUUACUCGGCUUUUUUAUACAGUUGAAAUCUUCUUUAGCUUUUUCCGGGAUAUGCAUAGUGUACGUAACAGAGAGAAUUUUGUGGUAAAGUUCAGUGGCGUUUAAUUGAUAGCGUUCAAGAGAGAUUUAUGAAAAGGCGGUUUGUGCUGGAAAACUUGUGAUAAUUGAAGGCUUUGUAGGCAUUGAAAAACUUUUGUGGUAUCUCUCGGGUUAUGGAGAUUGUUAUGCGGAUCUAGAAGUUUCCGAAGAAUAUAGUGACAAAACGUGCUUGUGCGUGGGCUUUUUAUACGGCUUCAAUGGGUAGAAAAGUUCGAUACCCGAAUAUACAGUAGAAUUUAGUAUAGUGCAGUUUAUAAGGUGUGUUGCUACGACUGCUGGAGCUUAUCGAAAUAUCUUGGUGGAUGCCUCAGAGCUGGUGAUACGAUUUCAAAGAGACGAAGUGGACUAAAUGAACAAGAACUCGAAGGAACCAUAGUCGACUGCAGUAGUGCUACAGUGACAGACACCUUCGUCAAUCUCAUUCUCUAGCUAGUCGAAACAUGCUCCUGCACGCACCGAACGUUGCCAUUAUCCUGAUGACUUUAUGUACGGUGUCGAGGGUGGUAGAAGCCGCCCCUCAGAUGGGCUACGACGAUAAUUACAGCCCUUUCGUGAAACAGUAUACGCGAAACGUGACACUGAAGCAGGGCAUGCUCCAAGGUGUUAUAUACGAUCUCCACUUCUCUUCGGCUGAUGCGCGACCGACUCCUGUAGAAGUUUUCAGGGGGGUACCGUACGCUGCACCACCUGUUGGGAACCUACGCUUCAUGCCUACAAGGCAAGCGCCAUCUUGGAGUCAAACUGAGCCCAAGCUGUUCGACAAGUUUGCUCCUGUUUGCCCGCAAAGGUUCCCAGAUAUAGGCAAGAUGUCUGAGAUGAGAAAACAACAGUUCGAGAAGCUGCAAUCUCAUCUUCUAAACCAAAGCGAGGAUUGCCUGUAUCUAAAUAUAUACGCACCAUAUCAAGGUAAGAUGACUUUUAUUAGGAGUUUUAAAAAUAGCCGCGUCAUAAAUUAUCGGAGCACCUUAUGUUGGAAACUCGCAUUAAUGGCUCUUAAUUUUCCCUCAUUUCCUAAAUUUUCUCGAAGAUAA